UCGCUGGGAAUCCCCUAACGUGGUGCGGGCUUCUCCGACUAUACAACGGCUUGGCGUAUGUCAAGCCAACCACACUGGAGACCAUCCGAGACCGAGAAGAAGACAAAUCUGCCGUCCCACUGCUGUGAACACAAGAACACAAAGAAGACAGCAUAGUCCAUAUCAGUCGAAUGCAAGAACCCAUAACUGGGGUUGCACCGGGAAAACACAUGCGAAGGAAGCAUGGGGUGACUUUUUAGCCCGCAGGUCUCCGGCGGCCCCUCUGGAUUCUUGGCAUCGCAAAGGGGGGUCCCUCGUCUCAGAAAGUCACUCAUUUUCAUGUCCAACAGUGUCCUACCACAUUUACCGCCACUACAUAUCCUGCUGACGUGACUCACCGUUCAUUGAGUAGUAUAUAGACACAACUCUCAGAUCGCUACUUGUGACCUCUUCCAUCGAGUGACUUACCUAUAAUCCGAAUCGAAACCAGACGAGCGAGGAAGAACGAUCAAAACAAAAUGUCUCCUCCACAACCCCAAUCAUCAUCUCCCUCCUCCUCUUCCGCUGGGAAAAGCAACAAUGGAAUAUCCUUCACCAUCACGCACAUGAACGCCAACCACCAAGACUCCCUCGCCUACUACCUCCGCGCGUACAACGGCGUCUCCGCCGCGGAGGCCUCGACCGCGACCCUCGAAACCAUCACGCUCUCCGACCUCGUCAUCCGCACCAAGAACAACGGCGGCAACCGCUAUACCGUGGCGCUGGACCCGCCGCUGCAAUCCUUCAGCGAGACCCGCGCCCGCCUCGUCGCCAUGCACAAGGAAUGUCUGGAGCGGCUCCACCUCUCCGACAUCAAGAUCACCACCUACCGUGUUCCGUCCCGGCCCGGCGACGUCCUCGCAUUCCUGAUCUGUCUCUCGGGGAUCCUGGCGUUCAGCCGGCGGGAGAAUCUGCUGCCGGGCGGGUGGGUGUACGAGGGCUUGCGGUUGGAGACCGGGUGGUGGUGGCCCCAGGGGUUCGCGGGGUUCUGCGCCCGGAUGCAGCCGGCGGUGUUGGCGUUUACGCUGGUCGUGCACGCGUUCGAGGCGUCGGUGCUGGCGUAUACGCGGCUACGGAAGCAUGGGGUCGCGCUGGGGUCCGGGGUGUGGUGGGCGUGGCUGCUGUCGACAAUGGUCGAGGGGUUUCAGGGAUUCAAGCGGUUCGAUCGGUUGGUGCGCGAGGAGGAGGCGAAGCAGAAGUAGGACUGUUGAGUGUUUACAGGGAUUGGGGUGAGUGGUGUUCAUGAUAAGGUCUAAGGUACAGGUAGAUAGGCUAUGCUACAGUACCUAGUAUGAAUAGAGAUACUGUACUC